ACAUUUAGGGCACUUACAAGUUGAAAACAAAACAAGUGAAAGUUCGAUGUUUGAUAUCAAAGUCCAAGGGCGCAAAAGUUCAACGCAUUAUUUCGUAAAAUUAAAAAAAAUAUACACAAAGGCGUGUCACUUAUUACUACAUUAAGCACCGAUAAGAUUAGUAUUAUUAUUUUGUCAUAAGAAUCUGCUAUUAAAUAGCGGCGGUAGAACUAACAGUGUUAAACCAUUAUUUAGUAAAGUUUUUAAUCUAUCUCAGUCGUGUAACGGAGACGUAAGAUCAAAAUGUCGAAUACAUUGAGACGUACUGCACAACAAUUGUUGAAGACACAUAAGUAUGCAACUGCAACAUCAAGUAUAAGGCAAAAAACAGUAGAAAAAAACAUUCUGACAUCUGUCUACAAGGAUAUUCCUGUAACAAAUAUGACGAUCAAUGAUUUUGUUUGGCAAAAUUUGGAUAGAUGGCCCGACAAGACUGCUACAGUAUGCGCGCUGACCGGUCACGGGUACACUUACGCCCAAACGCACAGGAUGUCGGUAACAUUCGCAGCGUCCUUACGAUCGAAACUGAAACUGAAGAAUGACGACAAAGUGGCGGUUAUCUUGCCGAAUUUACCAGAAUAUCCCUGUACAUUGCUGGGCAUAUUGCAGGCUGGCUGUGUUGCCAGCAUGAUGAACCCAGCUUACACGUCUCAUGAAUUAAAACGACAAUUGGAGCUGAUCGAUUGUAAAGCUAUCGUCAGUUCCAAAAUGUCGUACGCGAACAUAAAACAGGCACUGGACGAGUUGAAAGUCAACGUGCCUAUAAUACUAGUUGACAACGAGGGUCUGCCCGAGGGCGCGAUAAAAUUCGCCGAACUAGCCGAAGAUUUCAACGUCGACAUUGACUGUUUGAAGUCCGUUCAGAGGGGUCCCAAAGACGUCGCGAUCCUGCCGUUCUCCAGUGGAACCACGGGCUUCCCCAAGGCCGUGGUUCUCGAUCACGGAGGCGUUGUCGCCUUGAACCAAAUGAUAAUAGACCCGGAGAUUGUUGUGAUAGAAGAGACCACCGCAACACACCAGUCAGUGUUGCCAGCGAUCUUGCCGUUUUUCCACAUAUUCGGUUUCAAUUCCCUAAUGAUGAACCAAAUGGCGCAGGGCGUGAAAUUAGUCACGAUGCCGUAUUUCAAACCGGAUCUUUUCCUGCAGACCAUCGUGAAGUACAAGGCGGAAGUGCUCUUCAUUGUUCCGCCGAUGGUGGUAUUCCUGGGUAAGCAUCCGGCGGUUAAACCUGAACAUCUGGCCACCGUCAAGGGCAUGAUCAGCGGAGCCGCUCCGCUCUCGGCCGCGGAUGCUGCGGCCGUAUUGGAAAAGAACAAAAACAUAAUAUUCCGCCAAGGUUACGGCCUGACCGAGACGAAUGGAGCCGUCACUGUCGGUAGGAAUGAUGACGCGAACCACGCGGCCGUUGGACACGUGCUCGGCAGCUGCGAGGUCAAGGUAGCUGACCUCAACACGCAGGAAGCAUUGGGCGCGGGGCAGGAAGGCGAGAUCUGGUGUCGCGGCCCAAACCUGAUGUCCGGUUAUUAUCUAGACGAAAAGUCCACCAGGGAGGUCAUGACGGAGGAUGGCUGGUACAAAACCGGAGACAUUGGGAAGUACGACGAGAACAAAUAUCUGUACGUCACGGAUAGACUGAAGGAACUCAUCAAGGUCAAAGGUUUCCAAGUACCGCCUGCUGAAUUGGAGACCGUCAUCAGAACGCACUCCAAGGUCCUAGACUGCGCGGUCCUGGGCAUACCGGACCCCGUAACGGGGGAAGUACCGAAGGCCUUUAUAGUCCCUCAACAGGGUCAGACCCUCGACGCUGAUGAGUUAUUAGAGUACGUCAACAGUAAAGUGGCCGUCUUCAAGAAGAUCAAGGAAGUCCAGUUCGUGGAAGAAAUACCCAAGAAUUCGGCAGGUAAGAUCCUAAGGAAGCAGCUGAAAGAAAAAUAUUGUUAGGAUCUUGCUGGGUUCCCGCGUGCUCAACAAAAACUCCCUUAUGACUGUCUGCCUUGUCUUCCUUUGUAUUAUAAUAAGCUUUAGGUCUUUAAAUAGAGAAAAAGAAGUUCACAAAGUUUUCAGUUUCCAUAGCUGAAGACAUAUUAUUAUCGUCUUCUCGCAUUAAAACUGUAUAAUCUCAAAACUUACUAAUUUUUCAGGAGAGCGUUUUAAAGGUUUAACAUGUGAUAUUUU